UACUGAUCCGUUUUGGACUCCUUCUGCUGCUGCUGCUGCUGCCACUGCUCCGGCUUCGGUUUCUGGUCGUCCUCCUGCUCCUACUCGGGCUUCUACCGAAGCUCCUGCAUCAGUUUCUACUCGUGGUCUUGCUCCUUCUCGCAGUGCGGCUUCUGCUCCUUAUCGCAGUCGAGCUUCUGCGACUGCUCACAAUGGUGGGCCUGCGAAUGCUGCGAAGACAAGGUCUCAGACAAAGGUAAACAAGAAGUAGAUCAUUUUUCAUGUCUUCGGUUGCUGUUAUAUUUUCAUGUCUUUGGUUGCUUUUCUUUUUCAUGUACUCGGUUUGCGGUUUGUAAUAUUAUUUUAAGGAUGAUGUUGUCUUUGCUGUGUGUAAUAAUUAUGUAAGGAUGAUGUUUUGGAUGGAAUCUUUCUUUUAAAAAUAUUAAUGUCAUGUUUUGUGUUUUAUAACCAGGAUGCAGAUUUGUCUGAUGUGUUUGGCAGCUUAUUUAGCACCUUAGAUGUGAAUAUAGGGACCCAAGAGUACUUACAGAAGACAAUGGGUAACCUUACACAAGAGUCAAAUGUUGACGGUUUUGAUCCAUCUCAAGACAAGCAGUCCGAAGGACCUUCUGAUUUCACUACGCCAAUGACUUCGUUUCGGCCACAGAUCUUCAAAACACCAUUCUUGGUUGAUAGUGAUGAUCUAGAAGUUCGUUGCAAAGCGAAAGACUACGAGCUAGUUUUCCUUCCAGAAGAGAAAUGGGCCAAACUAACUGAAUGGACAUUGAAUCCCACGUAAGUUAUUUGAAUUGUUUUAUUUAUUUUUCCUCAAAUCUACCUCUUCACUAACAUCACAGCAAUGCUUUCUUUUUACAGAGUACUUCAGAUUGGGCCAUCUACAUUUGAUGCAGAGUUAGCCUCGCGGAUUAUUGGGCCUAAUAUUUGGUUGAAGAACUUUGACAUGGACGCCAUGAUGUAUUUGUUUCGGGAGAAAACCACAUUGCGUCGGUGGAGUCCAGACCGAGUCGCAUUUUUGAACUGUAUGUUCAGUAAUCAGAUUAUCACGGCCUAUGGGAAGUUUGAUGGAAACAGGAGAGGGUACAAAAUCGACGACAAUUUUCUCGAGUAUGGAAGAGGCGAGCUUCCAUAUCAUGGAAGCACAGGUUCAGUAUGGAGCGUUGAUGUCGAUCGUCUCUACAUCCCUAUAUGUGUUAACCAAAUCCACUGGAUCUCUAUUUGCGUCAAUCUUGUGAACCGGACAAUUGAUGUCUUCGAUUGUGGGGGUAAGAAGAACAACAGGGUCAUCGAAGCUUUUGCCGUCCUCAUUCCACGAAUCGUCAAGGCAGUCCAGUCGCCAGAGAGGAAGAAAGAUUUCAAUGUGAAACAGUAUACUGUUUCAUAUGUCCCCAUGCGCGGCCUAAACAUGAGUGGUAAUGAUUGUGGUGCUUAUUCAUUGAAGUUCAUAGAGUGCCAUCUACUUGGAUUAGAUUUCUCAUUGGUGAACGACGAGAACAUCAAAGAAGCCCGACACAAGAUAGCUUUUGAUCUUUGGGAAGCAGCAAAUGAUGCGGUCUUGCAAUCUCGGAUGUCUACAUUUAAGCCUCCAAAACGUGCUCCGGUGAAACCUGUUGACCUCGGUUGACUUCAUGAUUUUUAGCUUGAUCCUCUUAGAUUUCAAGUUUGUUUCUUCUUUGGGUUUAAGACAUGGUUAAUUGAUUCUUACAUUACUCUUAUUGUUAUGGAAUUAUUGGUUUUUCUACUAUUUUACUGUUUCAUGAAUUACUUUAAGGAAAUAAAUCACAUAGGGUGUCAUUAUAUACUCUAAACCCUAAAAUACCGUAAACCCUAAAUCAGCUCCGAUUCAUACUCUAGAACCUAAAGUAACUUUGAUUCAUACCCUAAACCGUUUAUUAGCUAUGAUUCAUACACUAAACCGUUUAUUAGCUAUGAUUCAUACCCUAAAUCCUACAUUAACUAUGAUUCAUACCCUACACCCUAAAUUAGCUUGAAGUUAUAUCAAAAACUUUAGUAUAGAUAGGUUUCAAAUACAAUACCCUAAAUCACAUAAAGAAAGAAAAAUAAUUUUUUGUUUUAAAAAAUAAAAAUUAAGUAUAUUCAAAAGACGAUUUUAAGUUGGAGUUAUAGAAAUUCGUAUUUUCAAAAUUUGUCUUCUUACAAUUGUCAAAUGUCGAUUUUUGUGUAUUAGGGUGUAGUAUUUUACCAGUCAAUAUAAGGGUUAUAGAGUAUUAACCGUUUAUGGUUUAUACCCAGUAGGCCCACCCGAAAGUUAUUAAAACCCGACCCUGAACCCGGAUCCACACACCCCCAAAGACGUGAUUUUCUUUUCAGUUGUCGAAACCUAAGAAAAAUAAAUUUGAGAGAAAAGGGGAUUAGGGUUCUUUGUCUGCGAUUCCUGUGAGCCUCGAAACGAAUUAACAAUGACCAGUUCGACGACUUCUUCUGCUCGUUUUCCUCGCAUCUCUAAUCAUGGUGUGCCCACAAGAUGUUGGUGUGGCGAGGGUAUAACCACUUUUGGUUCAUCGACGGCGGAGAAUAGGUAUCGACGAUUCUACAGAUGUCAAAUCGCAAGAGAUGUAAGUCCAUGUUUCAAUUUUGUGUUCCACAUAACACCAUACUGACUGAUUUUUGGUUUCUUUUGCUAUAGAGAAAAACUGAGAAUCAUCUAUUUAAAUGGAUUGAUGAAGCUUUGAUUGACGAGAUACGGAUGGUAGAUGCGAAACAUGAGAGAGUUGCUCAAGAGAUUACAAAGUUUGAA